UGAACAAAACCCUUUAAAUUUAAUCUCGAGAAUUCCUAAUCAUAGCAUUCAAUCUGGCCUCUAAUGGAGCCCCUAAACCCGGGUUCUUUCACUUCCCCAUUAGAGUUUUAUGCUCAUCUUCUUCAGAGAAGCCUCAAAUCCAAAACCCCAUUUGUUGGGAAAUCGAUCCACGCCCUUAUAGUGAAGUCCGGGCUUGAGCUAAGUGUCUUUUUGAAGAAUAACUUAAUGAAUCUUUAUGCGAAAACGGGGUCAAUUUUUGAGGCCAAGAAGGUGUUCGAUGAAAUGCCUGUGAAGACUGCUUAUUCGUGGAAUACGCUUCUUUUGGGUUGUUCGAAACAAGGGAAAGUGGAUUUGGCAUGUGGGGUUUUUAAUUCUAUGCCGUAUCGCGAUUCUGUUGCGUGGACUACAAUGAUUGUGAGGUAUAAAGAGAUGGGUCAUUUCGAGAAUGCGAUAAGAAUGUUUGUAGAGAUGGUUAAAAAGGGAGUUGUGCCGAACCAGUUCACAGUUACUAGUGUACUUGCUUCAUGUGCAGCUGUUGGGGAUUUAAGAGUGGGGAAAAAGGUUCAUUCGUUUGUGGUUAAGUUUGGCCUUAGUGGAUGUGGUAAUGUUGAUAAUUCUUUGUUCAAUAUGUAUAUUAAGAUGGGGGAUAAAGUGAUGGCAAAGGUCAUUUUUGAUGGGAUGAGAGUAAGGAACCUAUCAAGCUGGAAUAUUGUGAUAUCGUUGCAUAUUCAGUCUGGUAGGCUUGAUCUUGCUCGAGCUAAGUUUGAGCUAAUGAGUGAGCGGGAUAUUGUUACCUGGAAUUCAAUGAUUGCAGGGUAUAAUCAGCAUGGAUAUGAUAUUGUAGCUUUGGAUAUUUUUGCAAAGAUGUUGAAGGAUUCUUCUUUAGAGCCUGAUAAGUUCUCCUUUGGUAGUGUUUUAGCAGCUUGUGCCAAGCUUAAGAAGUUGAAAAUUGGGAAAGAGAUUCACGCUUAUAUUGUUAGAACUGGGUUUGAUGCCUCCGGGGCAGUGGGAAAUGCUUUAAUUUCAUGUUAUGCAAAGUCUGGUGGGGUUGAAAUUGCUCGAAAGAUUGUAGAGCAGAUGGGAAUUUCGUAUCUUAAUGUUAUAGCAUUUACUGCACUACUAGAUGGAUACAUCAAGCUUGGGGAUGUAGGCGCAGCCAGAAGGGUCUUUGACUCAUUGAGAGACCGUGAUGUGGUUGCAUGGACAGCCAUGAUUGUUGGUUAUGAGCAGAAUGGCUUGAAUAAUGAGGCAGUGGACCUUUUCAGAACAAUGAUCAGAGAAGGGCCCAAGCCAAAUAACUACACUCUAGCAGCCAUGUUGAGCGUCGCUUCAAGCUUGGCUUCUUUGGACCAUGGCAAACAAAUUCAUGCAAGUGCCUUAAGAUCAGGACAAGCAUCUUCAAUUUCUGUUAGCAAUGCUCUAAUUACGAUGUAUGCCAAAGCUGGGAGCAUAAACGGGGCAAGGCGAAUAUUUGAUUUGAUUCAUUGGCAACAAGAGACAGUAUCUUGGACUUCCAUGAUAAUAGCUUUGGCCCAACAUGGUCUUGGAGAAGAGGCAAUACAACUGUUUGAGAAGAUGCUGGCACUUGGUAUUAAGCCAGACCAUAUAACAUACGUCGGUGUGCUCUCUGCCUGCACACAUGUGGGAUUGGUAGAACAAGGGCAGAACUUUUACAAUUUGAUGAAAAAUAUGCACAAAAUUGAACCCACCCCAAGCCAUUAUGCAUUAAUGGUUGACCUGUUUGGGCGUGCUGGAUUGCUACGAGAAGCAUACGAUUUUAUAGAAAAUAUGCCUAUUGAACCUGAUGUAGCAACAUGGGGUUCUCUUUUAUCUGCUUCUAGGGUCUAUAAGAAUUUGGAGCUUGGAAAAAUUGCCGCGGAAAAGUUGCUCCAUAUUGAGCCUGACAACAGUGGAGCCUAUGCAGCCCUUUUUAAUUUAUAUUUAGCUUGUGGAAAAUGGGAAGAUGCUGCUAAAAUUAGAAAAUCAAUGAAGGAUGGAGGAGUGAAGAAAAACCAAGGAUUUAGUUGGGUUCAGAUCCAGAACAAGAUCCAUGUCUUUGGGGUUGAAGAUGGAUUUCACCCUCAGAAAGAUGCAAUCUACAUUACGAUGGCAAAAAUUUGGGAAGAGAUCAAAAAGAUGGGUUUUGUUCCUGAUACUGAAUCUGUAUUGCAUGACCUUGAGGAAGAGCUGAAGGAGCAGAUCCUUAGACAUCACAGCGAGAAACUGGCUAUUGCAUUUGGGCUAAUAAGUACUCCAGAGAAGACUACAUUGAGGAUCAUGAAGAACCUCAGAGUUUGCAACGACUGCCACUCUGCCAUUAAAUUUAUCUCCAAGCUUGUGGGAAGAGAAAUCAUCGUUAGAGAUUCUACUCGUUUUCACCAUUUCAAAGAUGGUUUGUGUUCAUGUCGGGACUAUUGGUAGGCUUAAAAAUGGGAUGCUGGAUUUGAAGAAUUUCCUCUGUCAAAGUGGAACAACUUCUCAAAAAGUUUCUAAACUGAAGUUGUGAUCGUUUCAACUGUCCCACAGAUUCUGCACGCCUGUGAUGAACAAUUACUUGACCCUUACAAGAAGUCAAAGAUUGAUCAGAAGAUUAUGGUGGAGAAGCUUGAUACCACUCUAGAAAAGAGGAAGAUAUGUCUUUGUAGCCGCCAUUGACACGGUAACUUCUGAAGCAAAACUAGUAGUCGGGACAAGAUAUGAUUUGAAUCAGUUUCUGCUUUGUGUCAUACUCAUUCCUUGUCAUGCCUUAAUUAAAUUGACUCAACUUGCCAUAAUUUCUUUAUUCAUGUCUUCACAAUUCUUAUAAGAAAAAUUCUUAUAUGGAUUAGGCCUAUUACAUCAUCUAUACAUCGCUGUAUUGGAGAUUCAUCGUCACGUGUAUAUUAACUUUUAAAAUUGUAAAUCAU